AUGGCGGCCGGCUCACGCUCCGCGGCCGGACCCCGGUCUCGAACGGCCAUGGCCCAGUGGAGGAAGAAGAAAGGGAUCCGCAAGCGCCGGGGCGCGGCCUCCCAGGCCCACAGCAGCGACUCGGAGGACGGCGAGUUUGAGAUCCAGGCGGAAGAUGACGCCAGGGCCCGGAAGCUGGGCCCUGGCAGGCCCCUGCCUGCCUUUCCCACCUCAGAAUGCACCUCAGACGUGGAGCCAGACACUCGGGAGAUGGUGCGAGCACAGAACAAGAAGAAGAAGAAAUCGGGAGGCUUCCAGUCCAUGGGCUUGAGUUACCCGGUGUUCAAAGGCAUCAUGAAGAAAGGUUACAAGGUGCCAACGCCCAUCCAGAGGAAGACCAUCCCGAUGAUUCUGGAUGGCAAGGACGUGGUGGCCAUGGCCCGGACAGGCAGCGGCAAGACUGCCUGCUUCCUUAUCCCCAUGUUCGAGCGGCUCAAGACCCGCAGUGCCCAGACUGGGGCCCGCGCCCUCAUCCUCUCUCCUACCCGGGAGCUGGCCCUGCAGACCAUGAAGUUCACCAAGGAGCUGGGCAAGUUCACUGGCCUCAAGACUGCCUUGAUCCUGGGUGGGGACAAAAUGGAAGACCAGUUUGCGGCCCUGCAUGAAAAUCCUGACAUAAUCAUUGCCACCCCUGGACGGCUGAUGCAUGUGGCUGUGGAGAUGAACCUGAAGCUGCAGAGUGUAGAGUACGUGGUCUUUGAUGAGGCCGACAGACUCUUUGAAAUGGGGUUCGCUGAGCAGCUGCAGGAAAUCAUCAGCCGCCUCCCCGGGGGCCACCAGACUGUGCUGUUCUCCGCCACCCUACCCAAACUGCUGGUGGAAUUUGCUCGGGCCGGCCUCACGGAGCCCUCGCUUAUCCGGCUAGACGUGGAUGCCAAACUUAACGAGCAGCUCAAGACCACCUUCCUCCAUGUGCGCGAGGACACCAAGCCUGCCGUGCUGCUCCACCUGCUGAGAAACGUGGUGCGGCCACAGGACCAGACAGUGGUGUUUGUGGCCACGAAGCACCACGCCGAGUACCUCACAGAGCUGCUGACGACCCAGCGAGUGAGUUGUGCUCACAUCUACAGCGCCCUGGACCAGACGGCCCGCAAGAUCAACCUGGCCAAGUUCACACAUGGCAAGUGCUCCGCCCUCAUCGUGACAGACCUGGCCGCCCGAGGCCUGGACAUCCCACUGCUGGACAAUGUCAUCAACUACAGCUUCCCUGCCAAGGGCAAGCUCUUCCUGCAUCGCGUGGGUCGGGUGGCCCGGGCUGGCCGAAGUGGCACAGCCUACUCCUUGGUGGCCCCGGACGAGAUCCCCUACCUGCUGGACCUGCACUUGUUCCUGGGCCGUGCCCUCACUCUCGCCCGUCCCCAUGAGGAGCCCUCAGAUGUGGCUGGUGCGGACGGCGUGCUGGGCCGGGUGCCACAGAGCGUGGUGGACGACGAGGACUGUGGCCUUCGGAGCACGCUGGAGGCAUCGCUGGAGCUGCAGGGACUGGGCCGCGUGGCCAACAACGCUCAGCAACAGUAUGUGCGCUCAAGGCCGGCACCCUCCCCCGAGUCCAUCAAGAGGGCCAAGGCGCUGGACCUCGCGGGGCUGGGCCUGCACCCACUCUUCAGCUCGCGCUUCGGGGAGCAAGAGCUGCAACGGCUUCGGCUGGUGGACAGCAUCAAGAAGUACCGCUCGCGGGCGACCAUCUUUGAGAUCAACGCCUCCAGCCAUGACCCGAGCAGCCAGGUGAUGCGUGCCAAGAGGCAGAAGGACCGCAAGGCCAUCGCUCGCUUCCAGCAGGGGCGGCAGGAGCAUCAGAAAAGUCCGAGUGGGCCAGCCUCAAACAGGCAGACCCCAGUGGACGAGCAGCCUUCAGGGGAGGAUGAGGAGACGGGAGAGCAUGUGGAGGACGUCUUCACAGAGGUGGUGGGCCAGAAGCGGCGGCGGCUGGGCGCUGACAGGGGAGCCAAGAGGCAGCGGGCAGAGGUCCAGCAGCAGGACCGGGACUUCUAUGUACCCUACCGGCCCAAGGACUUUGACAGCGAGCGUGGCUUGAGUGUCGGGGAUGGUGGGGUCUUUGAGCAGCAGGUGGCUGGUGCUGUUCUGGACCUCAUGGGGGAUGAAGCCCAGAACCUGACCCGGGGUCAGCAGCAGCUCAAGUGGGACCGUAAGAAGAAGCGCUUUGUGGGUCGGUCUGGACAGGAGGACAAGAAGAAGAUCAAGACAGAGAGUGGCUCCUAUAUCAGCAGCUCCUAUAAGCGGGAUCUCUACCAGAAGUGGAAACAGAAACAGAAGAUUGAUGAUCGGGACUCGGAGGAGGAGGGGCCAUCUGAGCGGCGAGGCCCCCCUCGAAGAGGAGGAAAGUGGCACCAGGGUCAGGGUGCAUCCCAGCCCCGCGCCUCAGGUCCCCCCCCAGGCCGCGUGAGCUCUGAGCUGAAGACCAAGCAGGAGAUCCUGAAGCAGCGGCGCCGGGCCCAGAAGAUGCGCUUCCUGCAGCGUGGGGGCCUCAAGCAGCUCUCAGCCCGCAACCGCCACCGGGCCCAGGAGCUGCGGCGCGGCGCCUUCGGCCGGGGGCCCCACUCCAAGAAGGGCAAGUUGAGGAAGAAGAUGUAAGGACUGGGACCAGCCC